AUGAGCGCUGCUCCCAUUCACGAGGCCGCUCCCGGCACAGAGUUUACAGACGGUCUUAGUCGUCCCGGUCCAGAUCCGGAUCCCGGUACCGACAGGGACAUCGGCACCGUUCUCGAUCACGGUACCUUUCACCGGCACCGCGGAGAGACCGCUCGCCGAUGGAUCGGCACCGCUCGGCACCGUACCAGGAUGAAUCCCUACAACCACGCUCGGCACCGCCCUGGCCCUCGAGAUCGGCAUCUCACUCGUCUGAAGGGGCUCCCCAUUCAGCAUACCCUGCUCAGAGUCAACCUGCAGACGACUUGUGUCAUUGGCAGGAGGGGGCAGAAAGCCUUCGACAAGGCCCUGAGCAUUGGUCUUUUCUGGACCCCUUGGACAUUUCAGCAGGCUCAAGGGGAUCCACCAGCGGCCUCUCGCUCGACUCACUCUGAGCCCAGGGUUUCUGAGGCCACCAUCUCCCGUCCUCCCCCAGGGGGCAUGGAGGCUCCGGCGCCAACGCCCACGCAGGCACCAGACGCUGGUGCAGGGGAUCCUGCACCUCCAAGUCCCUUGGAGCCGGACCCGCACACAGAUCCUUUACCCCCUGAGGCGUCCUCCUCAUCUUCCCCAGAUGAGGCAGUGGCGGGUACAACACCCUCAGGCCCACCUCCCAUAGAUCUCCGUGCCCACCAAGACUUGUUACGUAGGGUGGCACAAAAUAUGGAUCUACAGGCCGAGGAGAUAGUGGAGGUGGACGACCCGGUGGUGAGCAUCCUUUCAUCUGAUGCCCCAACCCGGGUGGCGUUGCCCAUUAUCCUAUACUUGCAGGUCUCCAAUAGUCAAGCAUCACCACAAUCUGCUACUACACCAAGGAUGGAAAGUGCUAAAGGAACCACAAUUGCUACCUCUUCUAGAACUCCUCCAUCACUCAGUCUUCAGGGUCCCUUGUCUCCUCCUGUGUGUCCCCCAGCUCCAUUAGAUGAAUUGUCUCCAGACAGCAUUGAUGCUCAUACAUUUGAUUUUGAAACAAUCGCUCAUCCAAACUUAGAGCAAGCCCUUAAGCAAGGGUCUUUAGACUUGGAUUCACUAGCAGAAAGUCCAGAGUCGGACUUUAUGUCGGCAGUGAAUGAGUUUGUAAUAGAGGAAAAUCCAUCAUCUCCUAAUAUAGUAAGUGAUCCGCAAAGUCCAGAAAUGAUGGUGGAGUCCCUCUAUUCUUCAGUUAUCAAUGCAAUAGACAAUAGACGUAUGCAAGACACAAAUAUUUGUGUAAAGGAGGAUUCUCUAAAUGCUCGCAUGGAGAAGUGUAGAGUUGUUGCCCAGGAAUCGCAGUUUAAUUUAAAAAACAUAAAAGAAGACCUUUGUCACUUUAGAACAUUUGUACAAAAAGAACAGUGUGACUUUUCGAAUUCUUUAAAAUGUACAUCAGUAGAAAUAAGGAAUAUUAUACAAACAGUAAAACUUUCACUUGAAAAAGCACUGAAAGAUAAACAUCAAAAAGAAUUGCAAUCUUUGAAAAGUGAGUAUGAAACUAGAAUUGAUACAUUACUAGAAGAUGUUGAAGAAAACAAAAAAAAGAUUAAAAAGUUAACAGGAGACUUAAUAGGUCUUGAAGAAGUUUUGCAAAAUAAAGAUAAUGAAUUUGCGAUGGUGAAGAAUGAAAAAGAAGCCGUUGUUUGUCUGCAGAAUGAGAAAGAUCAGAAAUUACUUGCAUUGGAAGGCCAAAUGAAGGAUCAGAAUUGUGAAAUUAAAGAACUGAGACUGUCACGUGAGAUGGUAUUGGAAGAUUUGAAAAAGUUUCAUAUUGAAAAUGAUGAAAAAAUUCAGCUUUUGAGGGCAGAGCUUCAGAGUUUGGAACAAAGUCACCUUAAAGAAUUGGAAAAUAAUCUACAAAUCAAGCAUACGCAGGAAUUUGAGAAACUAAUAGUUGAGCACAAGGAUUGUUUAGAUAAGUUAAAAAAAGAAAACCAGCAGAGAUUCGAACAAAUGCAGGAAUCUCAUGCAGCAGUUGUCCAAGAGAAGGAGCAACAGAUAGAGAAGUUAAAACUCAAAAUUUCUGAUCUGUUUGACGUGAGGUGCAAAUUAGAAGUUGAACUUGCCAUGAAGGAAGCAGACACUGAUGAAAUGAAGAUUUUGUUGGAAGAAAGCAGAACUCAGCAACAGGAGAUCCUAAAGUCCCUUAUUGAUAAGGAAACUGAACAUUUAAGAAAGGAGUUAGAUAACUUAAACCAUAAGAUUCAAGUUAAUAAUGAUGAAUAUCAAGUGGGCCUAGUAGAGCUAAGAACUUUAAUGACAAUUGAGAAAGAUCUGUGCAUUUCAGAAUUAGUGGACAGACACGAAGAAGAAACAAAUGUUCUUAAAAUUGAAUUAAACAGAGUAACCUCUUUACAUCAAAAAGCUUUUGAAGUAGAAAAAAGUCUCAAAGAACAAAUAAUAGAACUACAGAGUAAGUUAGAAGUGGAAGCAAAUGCCCUAGAAAAGCAAAAAGAGGAAAAAUUGGCUGUGUGUGAACAGAAGGACAAAUUUGAAGCUGUUAUCCAUAAUCUUGAGGAGGAAAAAGAACUGUUAAUAACUAACCAAGAACAGGAAAGAAAACUACUUGUUCAAAGGCUCAGUAGUGAAAAAGAGGAUGCAAUACGUAUAACCCUUAAGGAGUCUGAAUUACAGAGGGAAGCUGUUGAAAAAGAACUCUUGGAAAAAAUACAACUACUUGAGAUGCAAGUAAAUCAGAGUCCUUCCAUUGAAUUAUCUGCUGCAUCAAGCUUGGUUAUUGAGCUUCAAGAAAAACUUGAGGAAGAGAAAAUAAAAUUUUUGGAGCAACUUGAAGAGCAAGAGAAAAGAAAGAAUGAAGAAAUGCAAAACUUUAGAAUGUCUCUGACUGCAGAACAGCAGACCAAUUUUAACACCGUGCUGACAAGAGAAAAAAUGAAGAAAGAAAACAUAAUAAAUGAUCUUAGUGACAAAUUAAAAACAAUAACCCAACAGCAGGAAAGGGAUAAGGAUUUGAUUGAAACACUUUCUGAAGAUCGUGCUCGAUUACUUGAAGAGAAGAAAAAACUUGAAGAAGAAGUGAAUAAGAUGAGAAGCAGUAAUUUUAUUCCAUCAGCUUAUUUACCUACAGCUUCAGAAUCUUGUGAAGCCUGUGCACCUGAUCUCCCAGCUGAAACAGAAAGAGUGGCUUCAGAGAUUACAGAUGAAGGAAGGCUGGAUUCAGCAAUGGAAACUAGCAUGAUGGCUGUACAUGAAAACAUCCAUAUGUUGUCUGAAGAAAAACAGAGGAUAAUGUUGUUAGAAAGAACAUUACAACUUAAAGAAGAGGAAAAUAAGCGAUUAAAUCAAAGAUUGAUGUCCCAAAGCAUGUCUUCAGUGUCUUCAAGACAUUCUGAAAAAAUAGCUAUCAGAGAUUUUCAGGUUGGCGAUUUGGUUCUCAUUAUCUUGGACGAACGCCAUGACAACUAUGUAUUAUUUACUGUCAGUCCAACAUUGUAUUUCUUACAUUCAGAGUCUCUUGCUGCGCUGGAUCUGAAGCCAGCUUCAGGUGCAUCUAGAAGACCUUGGGUGCUAGGAAAAGUAAUGGAAAAGGAAUAUUGCCAGGCAAAAAAGGCACAAAACAGAUUUAAAGUUCCUUUAGGUACAAAAUUCUACAGAGUGAAAGCAGUGCCGUGGAACAAAAAAGUAUAACACAGUGGGAACUCUGUUCAAUCUGUCUCAUUCUUUUCUGGAUUGUCCUUCAGUGCUCAUUCAUCGCUCCAAGUAGCAGGCCAUCUUUUUAUACGGAGGUCAUGUGACAAUAUGCUUCACAGAUAUACUACUUUUAAUUUUUAAUGGGUUACAUUUUAGAAACAAGAAUUUCAUUAAAAUCCCUGGCCCUAUAAUUGUUCCAAUUUUUUUACCCAGAUAACUUUAGGAGUGUGGACCAAAGGAGUUCAUUUUCUCAAAGGGCAAACCUUGUGCAUCAUGGCUUAUUAUUAGCCAUGUUAAUUGCCUGUUAAAUAUACAUUAGCUUGUAUUUAGAUGUUAAAUGUUAGUUACCAUUAUUACCAGCAUAUGUCCUUUUGUGAAAUCAUUUAAGUACUUGCACUCUUUAACAGAUUCUUUAUAAUAUGUAUAAAUUCAUCAACUAUUUAAAGAGGAGUGUUCAUUGCAUGCCAAUAAUCAUAAUUUUUCUUCAACAUGAGUUUGCCUCAGUAGAUGAAUAAAGCUAACUACUGCAUCAUCUUUCAUUACAUUAAAAUGCCCUUUAAUGUUUAAAAAACCAACCUUGUAAUUUGAUGGGCUGAUCCGAAAAUCAGUCACAGGUAAAUCUGCAAUCUUCAAAAGCACUUUUGAUGGAUUGAUCACAUAGAUUCUGAAGGGAAGAAUCCCUGUGCUGUUAGAUUUAAAGUGAAGCACUUGAACCUUCCCAGCAACACAGAAGUCUUGUAUUAAUCUAUUUAGAAAAAUCAUAUUGAUGAAAAUUGUAUUUCAUGGUUGAGUUUCAGGAAAAAACUCAUUGUACAUUAACCAUACAAGAGUCAUUUAAGUAACAAAUUAUUGUAAUUGUAAAAGACAUGUAGACUUUUAAAACAAUAAAGAUUUGAACCUGAAAA